AUGAGAGCCCUCGUUCCAAUGGUCGUUGCCGCCACGGCCCUGGCAUCCCCAGCGCCAGCCCUCAAGCCCCGUCUCGAUGACGGGCUAGCACGCACGCCUCAGAUGGGAUGGAACACCUAUAAUCAAUAUAACUGCUUUCCCAACGAGAGUAUUGUGCACGAGAACGCGCAAGCCCUAGUCGACACCGGCCUCGCUGACCUCGGCUACCGCUAUGUGACUAUCGAUUGCGGCUGGGGCGUCGAGGACAGAUUGCCCAAUGGCACGAUCACUUGGAACCCGGAGCUCUUUCCGCAGGGCUUCCCAGCGAUGGGUCAAUAUCUGCAUGAUCUGGGUCUACUGUUCGGAGUCUACGGCGACUCGGGUAUUCUGCUGUGUGGGAGUCCGCCCAACAUUACAGGGAGCUUGUACGACAACUGCUACUCUGACGCCGCAACUAACUACCCAAACGUCAAUUACGCGCCUUCAACAUCCCCGCACCCCCGUUUUGCAAACAUGUCUCGCUACAUCCAAGCCCAAGACCGGGACAUCCUAUUCCAAGUAUGCGAAUGGGGUAUCGACUUCCCCGCCCUCUGGGCCCCGGAAAUUGGCCACUCGUGGCGUAUCGGGAACGACAUUAUACCUCACUGGCGCUCCAUCUUCCGCACGCUCAACCAGGCCGUUCCGCAAACCGACUUUGCCGGGCCAGGCCAGUGGCCAGAUCUAGACAUGUUGCUUGUCGGGCUCGAUGGAGUGUUGACCGUGCCUGAGGAGCAGACGCAUUUCUCGCUGUGGAGUAUCCUCAAGAGCCCCUUGACGAUUGGGGCUGCAAUCCCGGGUAUGAGGGCGGAAUCGUUGGAGAUUCUGAGUAAUGCAGAUGUUAUUGCAUUCAACCAGGACGCUCUUGGUGUCAGCGCGGCCUUGAGAAGGAGGUGGAGUGACGAAGGGUAUGAGGUAUGGAGUGGGCCUUUGGAAGGGGGGAGGACUAUUGCGGCGGUGAUCAACUGGAGGGACGAGGAUAGGGAGAUCACGCUUGAUUUGCCGGACAUUGGGCUGCAGUACGCUGAGACACUGCAGAAUGUCUGGGCGGAUGAAACCGUGAAUGGGGUCAAGACAAGCUACAGCAGUGUUGUCGAGGCGCACGGAGUGAUGCUGGUGCAGCUUGCUGAGACGGUAGAGGAGGGAGUGUAUCCGGCAGAUGUGUUUGCGGCCACGAAUCGUGAUGUGACGACAUUCUCCGACGUCUACGCCAUCACUUCAAGCCCUAACUUUGUGCUCAAUAUCACCCUUACCGAAGUCACUGCAGCUGCGACAAAUAUAACUAUCAUCACAGACAGCAGCAGGAGGCCAAUCUCAACUUCUAUCCCAGCUGGGUCUUCCUCGAUAUCAACAUCCGUCAGCCUAAUCGCCGGCUCCAAUAACACCAUCACCAUCCGCAACGCUCCUCCCCUCUCUUCCAUUACCCUCAGUCCCCCAGAGCCAACCUACUAUACCGGCGCGCAAGACUUUACUCUGACAUCCCCAGCAGGCGCAUAUACCUGCCCUGACGCAUACUGUCUUCCCGCUGGCUCCAAGAUUGUCGAUCUCAGCACAGAAAGCGCCGCAACGGCCCACAUCAACUCUUCAACGUCGGGGUCCAAAUACCUCGAAAUCGACUACAUAAACAAUGAGGUCGCAUUUGACUCUUCCUGGGGAUGGGGUGCAAACUCGCGGAAUCUCACAAUCAAAGUCAAUGAUAAUAACCCAGUCAGACUGGAGGUUCCGCUAUCGGGACGCCAUAGUGAGCUCUUUGGCCCAGGACUCGGGUGGUGGGAUUCUGGCCGACUUGGGGUUCUGACAGAUGGGUGGAUAAAGGGAACUAACGAGCUUGUGCUCAGCAAUGAGGGGGGCGAAGGGGGAUUUACGAAGUAUGCUCCUGAUGUUGUGGGCAUUGCUGUGUAUGAUUGA